AUGGCAGACCAAAGCCAAAUUCAGUCAUCUGCUUCAAAAAGCAUACGACCUUUUCGCUCCAGCGAGGAGUACCUUGAAGCCAUGAAAGAAGAUCUCACAGACUGGCUCAAUAUGUUGUAUGACCUGGACAUGGAUGCUGGCACUUUCAUGGACGCACUGGAGACCGGGUACACACUUUGUCAGCAUGCUAAUAAUCUCAAUCGGCUGGCACAAGAUUUUAAAACACAGUAUCCAGAAGCUGCUGCUGGCAUGAGAUUGCCACAAAAGGAUGUAACAUUCCAGGUUAAAGGAGCCAUUCCAGGUUCAUUCAUGGCCAGGGACAAUGUAUCUAACUUCAUUAGCUGGUGCCGCAAGGAGCUUGGCAUACCAGAGGUGCUAAUGUUUGAAACUAAUGAUCUGGUACUGAGGAAAGGGGAGAAGAGUUUUGUGCUGUGCUUGCUUGAGGUGGCCCGACGUGGGGCACGAUUUGGGAUGCCAGCACCAAUGCUCAUUCAGAUGGAAGAAGAGAUUGAUGAGGAGCUUAGUCGGGGCAAACCGAAUCUAGAACAGCGCAAGUAUCCACGGGCACCGAUUCCUGUUCAACCACCACGUACCAUAUAUGAUCUCAAGAACCUGGAUGAAUUGGUUCGUGAGAUAUUAGGGUGCUGCCGUUGUCCAUCUCAGUUUCCAAUGAUUAAAGUAUCAGAGGGAAAAUAUCAGGUUGGGGACAGUAAUACACUCAUCUUUGUGCGGGUUCUGCGGAGUCAUGUCAUGGUGCGUGUUGGGGGAGGAUGGGACACCCUAGAACACUAUCUGGACAAACAUGAUCCCUGCAGGUGUCAGUUUGUUUCCCAUCGUGUGCAGACAUCACGUCCCACAACAUUUUCCCCCCAACGAAUGUCCAAUGUUGCUCCUCCCCGCACCUCCAGCCCAUCCCAUGGACGCAGUUCUGAGGGCCUUCCCAGGAACGCUCAGAAGCCAGAGCCAAGCACUCCACGACGAUCCACUCCAGCUCCCACUACUUCAUUGAACAACACCUCCAAGACCCCAUUAUCUCAAAAGGAGCGUCCAGGAGUACAUGGCAUUAACUCAUUCAGGCCUCCUCGUUCCCGACGCUAUUCUGGUGACAGUGACUCUUCUGCCUCCUCUGUCCAGAGUGCCCCAGCAGGCAGAAAAUCAUCCGAAGUGUUAAGACCAGGAUUUCGUGCUUCAGUAACACGCAGUCAGUCCCAGGACCGCGGUCCUCUUUCCCGGCGAACUCAGGUAUCCCAGCCUGCAGUGUCUGAUCGAGGCAGAACCCAAGGUAUUUCAAGUACUGGACCUUCAACAAGGCGUGCCCGAAGUCAAGGGCCCUCAAGUAACAAGAAGACAGUUUUGAUGAUCACACGGGAUAAAGAUGGACAACAUUCAUUGACAACUCCUAAUGCUUCCAAGCCCCCUAUUACUUGUCCUCAAACGGAGCCUCCCAAAACAAAUGCAAGAAGACAGCUGGGAUACACUUCACAGCCUCUGAAUGCUUGUCAGGAACAACAAAUGUAUCGUAGCUUGGAGAAAGAGUUCCUUGAAAACACAAGACUCCUUGGGACUUCAGAGAAUGCUGGAGGAGCACAGGGAGCCAUCUUGCUAAGUCCACCAUCUUGUGAGCCAGCUGCUAUAGACUCUGCAUACUGUUCUUCUAGUUCAUCUUCUUCCUCACUCAACUUCUAUAUCAGUGGAGGCGGAAGAGAGCAGAAUGCAGAGGGGAGCCAUGUAGCGCUUCCUGCAUCUACUUGGAGAAGACUUCCUGCUCUGUCCAGCUCUUCAGAUGAUAGCUCCUGCCCACCUGCUUCUGAGGACCUUCAGGAGGAAGUGGAGCCAGAAGAGCCUUCUGAGGCAGCUGAAGCAGAUUCUAGUGGGGUGGUCUUGCGACCAAAAAAAUCCCUGAAACGCCCAGAUAGAGUACCUUCCAUCUAUAAACUCAAACUGCGCCCAAAGAUCCGCCCACGGAUAGACACUCAACCAGACAGGUCACCAUCUCGAAUCCCCACCCCACUUAAUUAUAGAACUGCAAACUCUCUCCCCUAAGCCUGCACCCACUCGACGUUCCUGGAGAGCCCUUCAGUCUGUUUUUUUUUUCUGAUUCAGGAGUACAAGCAGAUCAUCCUGGUGGCUGA